CCGGGAGGUGUGAGGGCUGCCCCCGCUGGGGUGGCCGGGGCCGCGGUGUGCCCUGAGGGGCUGGGGUCGCGCCGGGCGCGGCGCCUCGGAGAGGUGUGAGUGUGCUGGGGGCGGCUCACCUGCCGCGGGGGGUGGUGAGCGGCGCGGCGGCGGCGGCGGCGGCGAGCGGGGAGCAGGUGCCACUUGAAGAAUGGAUGAUGACGAUUUCGGUGGUUUUGAGGCUGCGGAGACAUUUGAUGAUGGCCAUGGCGAACCUCAGGCAACGUCCCCUGCCAUCCCGUGGGCUGCCUUUCCCACAGUGUCUGCAGUCCACCUGUCGCCGGCUGCUCCUGACCUCGUAGUGGACCGUGACCACCCUGCCGCCCUCGGCCGCCUCUCCUCUGAUGCCGUCACUUCCUCCCCGGAGAAUACACAAGCAGACAACAGCAGUAUCCAGCAGUCAACGCACACUCAUCUGGAUAUCUCACUGUUUCCGUUGGGUUUAACUGAUGAGAAAAGCCAUGGAACGCUUGCCCUUGUGGAUGACUCUGAGGGUCCUGGAGCCCAUGUGUCAGACAUCCAGCUUCAGCAGAAGAUUACAAGUCUGGAGAUGAAGCUCAAAGCGUCUGAAGAAGAAAAACUGAGAAUUAAGAAGGAUGUGGAAUCGCUGAUGGAAAAGCAUAGUGUCUUAGAAAAAGACUUCCUAAAAGAAAAAGAACAGGAGGCUCUCUCUUUCCAAGAUAGAUACAAAGAACUUCAGGAUAAACAUAAGCAAGAGUUGGAAGACAUGAGGAAGGCUGGUCAUGAAGCUCUCAGUAUUAUUGUGGAUGAAUAUAAGGCACUGCUGCAGUCUUCAGUUAAGCAACAAGUGGAAGCUCUUGAAAAACAGUACAUUUCUGCCAUUGAGAAGCAAGCACACAGGUGUGAGGAGUUGCUGAAUGCCCAGCAUCAGAGGCUCCUGGAAAUGUUAGAUACAGAGAAGGAACUCUUAAAAGAAAAAAUAAAGGAAGCUUUGGUUCAGCAGUCUCAAGAACAGAAGGAAAUAUUGGGAAAAUGUCUGGAGGAAGAAAGACAAAAAAAUAAGGAGGCAUUAGAAUCUGCUACAAAGCUUGAGAAAGAAGCAGUGAAGGAUGCGGUUUUAAAAGCCAUAGAAGAAGAAAGGAAAAUUUUGGAAAAAGUCCAUGCUGAAGAAAGGGAAUUAUGGAAGACAGAGCAUGCAAAAGAUCAAGAAAAAGUAUCUGAGGCAAUUCAGAAAGCUGUACAGGAACAAAGGAAAAUAAGUCAGGAAACUGUUAAGGAAGCAAUAAUGGAGGAGCAGAAGCGAAGUGAAAAGGCUGUGGAAGAGGCAGUGAGAAGAGCAAGGGAGGAACUGAUAGAGUAUGUCAAAGAACAGAAGAGGGCACAGCAGCCAUCCACAGAGGCCUUCUGCGUGGGAUUCAGUCUGCGCAUCUUGCCUCAGGGGAGUCACUGCAUUUUCAGCCUACCGUGUUCCUGAGGGCCUAACUCUGUGAAGACACAAGCCUGUGCCACCCAGUCAGUUGGCUUCCCAGGGAGCAGUGGGUUCACAGAAAACGCCUGUUACCAUCUCUGCCUGGGAAAAGCUUGUCUUAAAGUAUCCAGCAGUGAGUGAAGAUAGAGUGAAAUUCAUUCAAGACUUCUGUGGCCACGUCCCUUUUUAUUUGGGGGAGGGGGAGGGAGUAUCUUCUUUACUGUGGAGAGACCACUGACCGGGAGAGCUCCUCUCAGCACAGAGGGAGGCCUAUGGUGCUCAGCUUGACUGCAGCCUUUGUGAGCUGUCUAGUGCGUGACUCCUGUUUUCGUCCCCAUCCCUGGCGGCCAACACCUGACUCUUUGAUUCUAUGAAUUUGAUGACUUCAGAUGCUUCAGACAGUGGAAUUGUGUAAUAUGUGUCGUUCCGACUGCCUUGUUACACCUGGCGUAUGUCCUGAAGGCCACUUUGCAGUACAUCACAUUUUCUCUAUCGACUGUCAUGGCAGUGGACAUUUAGGUCAUUUCCACAUUUUAAUGAUGCAUGGCUAAACCUUAUUUGAGCUCUAAACCUGAACAAGGUAUCAUUUAGCCAAUCAAACCCAUAUUUUAGAGUAACACUUCUGUGAUCAACAUGGAAGACUUUUCCUAAAACAGUUAUUAAAUCAUACCACGUUUCUACCAGAGAGAGUAAUGCAGGUACCAUUGAAAUGCUUGAAGAGUAAGAGUAAGAACCACCUUUUCAUCUGGUCCACGUGGAAGGCACUUUAACCCCUGAAGAGAAACAACUGUGUGUUCUGGCAAAUCCUGCUGACGGACUGGGACAUGUUUGUACUGAUCAGAUAAACUAGUUAUCACAUGUAUAGAUGUCCCUUAACAGUAAAAUCCUGACAAUAGGUCUUGGCUGCACCAGAGCUGCACUUCUACAUGCUUACUUCCUUUUCCAUAAAUGACAGUUAAUUGAUACCUACCUGUGCAGCCAUUAAGGGUUAGUACAUGUUCCCGAAUAACACGCUGAUCCACAGACUCUAUAAAAUCUGUGAUUUUUACCACCUUCACAUUAUUUUUUAAAAACCCAGAAACGUCUGGUAGCAUUAUUUUUUGUAAUUAUGCUUCUCAUGCUAGUGUUUGGCAUUCUCUCUCCUCUAAAGUUUACAGUGUGAACUGUAAAAUUUUAUUCCACUCCUGUUACCAAUUCACAGAUGAUUAAAAC